UUGUUGCCAGGUAAGGGCUGAGCGAAAAAUAAAAAGGGAAACAAUUCCAGUUAAACUCGCCGACAAACUCAGGCUUCAUACAUUCGGUGCCGCGAAGGAUCAAUACCGAAUUCCACAUUAAACACUGUUUUUGCAUUUUAUACCACGUUGUCGUUCCAUUAAAAGUACAAAUAAAACAAUAUGUCAUGCAAGAACUGUCCACCCUACAAGAACUCGGAGCUGGGCGUCUUCUUUCCCGACUGCUUCGAACGCGUCAGCGGCCAUUGCAACAAGAAAAAUCCCGGCAGUGUCCAGAACCUGCACAUACUGGCCCACCGGGUCAUGCCCAAGUUCUUCGAUGGCAUCGAGCUGGACUACCUGCACCGGUUGGCGCCCAACAAGUACAUCACGGCCUCCUGGGUUCUCAGCCACAUCAGGGCCUCGGGGUUUCGCUUCGGCGGUCUGUACACUUUCCGCGUUCAAGAUGAUACUAUGUACACCCCCACCAUAAUGGGCGACAUACAUCCCACGUCGCUGGCGGCCAACCUGAAUAUCCUGUACUAUCCGUUCCAAUGCCUUCGCAUGGAGGCUAUAAUGCAGAAAGCCAGGGAGGCUGCUCCCGUGGAGAGCCAGUAUACGAUCGAGUGGACGAGACAGUGUGACACUUGGACGGCCAAUUUCUAUAAUGUUCGCAAUGAAAAUGGACGCUGUACGCUGUCCGUGAUGAGAUCGGUGUCCGCCCACUGGGCCCUCGGCGGGGAACUUCUGCUGGAGUGGAACGAACCCCAGAAACUGACGCCGGAUCUGGCACUUGCAGCUCGUUACUCCCACUAUAACUAUUCCUUGGCUGCCACCGCCUCGAGACAGGGUCUGGAUGUUAGCUAUUGGCAGCGCAUUCAUCCGCAAAUCCAGAUGGCCAACCUGUUGGCCUGGAAUCGUAAUACCCGCAAGACCAUAGCCACCAUAUGCUAUCAAUGGAACUUCUGGAACUCGGCCGUCCAUGGAAUGUUCGACUCGGACGCCUCGGUGGGCUUCAUGUGGACCAAAUACCUAAGGCAUUUGCCACUGCAAAUGGGUUUCAGUGUGGUGAUGAACCUGCCCACAGAUCGAUUUGCCUUCGGCAUGCGCUUUGUUUUGGAUCCGAGUGGCUUGAGACGGGGCGAAUAAUUGUAUUUCUUUUAUUAUAUGUACUACCAAAUUAUCCAUUGCAAGUCUUAGUCCAGAGUUCAGAGAAUUACAAAUUUGCCGUUUUGGAAAACUUUUAUUUAAUCAAAUAUUCCAAAAAGUUUUCUGCUUCUAAUAUUUAUUUUUUCUUUGACGUUUAAAUACAUUUGCGGUGGAACUUUGCUCACAAA